AUGUACUGUCAGAAGUGUCGAACGCCUCUCAAACUGGACAGUUCCCUUGAGGAUCUGAACCCAGCAGCAUAUGAUUUGCUUGCAGCAGCGUCGUCGCAGCAGUCCACUUCGAAACCUUCGAUGUCAUCUAGGCCUCUAAACCCUCAAGACCAAGCCAGAAAAUCCCUCUACGAUCAAGUUUCAAAGAAUGCCGGCCCAGCCAUGUUUCGAAAGUCGGCGGGCGGUCUGCGCCCUGGCGAGGGACAGCAGCAGCAACGUGACAACCCGGGCAUGUCAUUCAUAUACCUCACGGAGUCACAAGUUGUUCCCCCGUCACGGUCGCAUAAUCAUGUGCCUCCCCAGCCAGCAGUCGAGAAUGUUACACCCGACUCUAACGAUACCAAAUCACGAGAAAUGGAGAGGAUUACCAAGCUGCAUGAGAUCCUGUCUGCGCGGUCCGACAUCGAUCACCCUGUUUGUGUCGAGUGCACCGAGAUGCUAGUCGAUGGCCUACAGAAGAAACUGGAAGCGGCAAACAGAGAAAGAGAGGCAUACGCCCGCUACGUGAAACAGCUGUAUGCAGAUGCACCCACAGAGGAUGAGCUCAAGGCGUCGGAGGAGUCGCUGAAGAAGACCAGAAAGAGCGAGGCCGAGGCUCUGGACCUUCUGAAAAAGCUGGAAGAAGAGAAGGCACAGCUGGACGACCAGAUCCUGAGGCUGGAGGACGAGUCGAAACAGCUUGAUGCGGAAGAGGAGCAGUUCUGGAGGGAGAGGAAUGCCUUCGCGACGAAGCUCACCGAUUUCCAGAAUGACCGCGACAGCAUCAACUCCAAGUUCGACCACGAUGCCCGACUGCUGGAGAAGCUCCAGCGGUCUAAUGUCUAUAACGACACCUUCUGCAUCAGCUUCGAUGGGUACUUUGCAACCAUCAACUCGUUGCGGCUCGGUCGAUUAUCAAACAGGCCUGUCGACUGGCCCGAGAUCAACGCAGCGUGGGGACAUGCGCUCUUGCUUCUCGUCACAGUUGCCGACAAACUCGACUUCAAAUUCGAGGGCUAUGAGCCCGUCCCCAUGGGCUCAACAUCAAAGAUCAUCCGCUCCGACCCCGUUUCACCCGCCUCCAGCCGUCUGGGAAUCAGAAACGCCCCGCCGCCCGCACCGAAGAAGCACGUUCUAGAACUUUAUUCGUCUGGUGACAUGCCCCUCGGCCUGACUUUCAUGCACCGCAAGUUCGAUAACGCCAUGGUGGCCUUCCUCGAACUGGUCCGACAGCUUGGUGUGCUGGUCGAAAAGCGGAGCGCGAUGAGUAGAGCGGCGACACUGGCACUGCCGUAUAAGAUCGAGGGCGACAAGAUCGAGGACGUCAGUAUCAAGCUUGGCCUGGCGCAAGACGACAGCUGGACGAGGGCCUGCAAGCUGACACUGACUUGCUGCAAGUUCCUAUUAGCUUGCUCAAGCAACUUGACUAUUGAGCGGCUUGCCAUCGACAACAAUGGCACCGCGCCUUGA